CUUUUCUUUUUCAAAUAUAUUUAGUAAAAGGAAAACAAAUUCCAGAUACUCUCAUUUCCCUCUCCUCUGUUAUUUUAUUUCUUCGUUGCGCCUAAUUCCAAAUUAAACCCUGCUGGAAGCUGAUCGAAGAAGAAAGAUUCAAUCAUUUUCCUGUUUCUUUUCCGACUAUUAGUUUUUUCUCCUCCGGGAUAAGAAAAUGAAUUGAAAAAUUCUUGAAAAUCAAGAGAUUGAAUUCCGCGAAUUGGAAGAAAAUAGAAUCGGAGAGAGGGAAAAAAUAAAAGAAAAGAAAAGCUGGAAAAUGAAGCCGAUGGAAACGAUACAGGAUCUGAUCGAAGAAGCCAAAGUACGGACGGUUUGGUGGACGUUGGCUACCUUUACCGUGACAUACUUCUUGACUCAUACGAGUACAUCAAUGUGGAUGAAUUUACCUAUAGCGAUUCUUUUUGUUGCCGGAUUGCGGUUUAUGGUUAAUGAGGUUGAGUUCAAAUGGAAAGUUAAAACAGUUCGUCGUCCAUCUUAUUUGUCUCAUUUGGAGAAGAAACAGUUGUCCUUGAAUGAUUCUCGUCUUUCCAGCUCACCUUCUCCGAUCAAGUGGAAGCGGAAAAUUGAUUCUCCUAUUGUGGAGGCUGCUCUCAAUGAGCUUCUUGAUAAAAUACUCAAGGAUUUUGUUGUUGAUUUAUGGUAUUCGGAGAUUACUCCAGAUAGGGAGGCCCCUGAGUUGAUACGUGAUGUGAUUUUGGAUGCUAUAGGUGAAAUAUCAGGAAGGGCGAAAGAGAUAAACCUUGUUGAUUUGCUUACAAGGGAUAUAGUUGAUUUGAUAGGAGAUCACUUGGAUCUUUUUAGAAGAAACCAAGCUGCAAUAGGUGUUGAUGUUAUGGUAACAUUGUCAUCUGAAGAAAGGGAUGAAAGAUUGAAACACCAUCUUAUGGAUUCUGAAGAGCUUCAUCCUGCACUAAUUUCACCAGAGAGUGAGUACAAGGUUAUUCAACGGCUUAUUGGUGGAGUUUUAGCAGUAGUAUUAAGACCACGAGAAGCUCAAUGUCCUUUGGUUCGUACUAUUGCUUGUGAGAUUGUUACUUGCGUGGUUGUGCAACCUCUUUUGAAUUUGGCAAGCCCUGGGUAUAUCAAUGAAGUAAUUGAAUCUGUUCUACUUGCCGUUAAAGAUAAUAUGAUUAACGCGAUGGAAGGUUUUGAUCAGUCUUCAGUUGAAGUACGCGCAGAUGACUCUACCUCAUGGAAAAUUGCAUCCUUAAAUAGUCAGGGAACAGAUUUGAUGUUGGCUAGAACUGACAAUCAGAAAGAAAUAUAUUCAGAUUGUAACAGAUAUGAGGAAGAAUCAAUGCAAUCUAGACCAGCUGACUGGGCUCGAAAAUUAGAGGCAGCAACUCAGAGAAGAACUGAAGUUCUUGCCCCUGAAAAUCUUGAAAACAUGUGGACAAAAGGAAGAAACUACAAAAAGAAGGAGAAAAAAUCUAUAAAAGCAAGAUCUCAAGAAUCUAUUCCUAAGGUUGCUGUGUUGAUGGGGAACCCAGGAAGUGAAAUCUCUACCAACAUGAUUGGAACUUCUGCAGGAAGUGAAGAGAGAACUGUGAUGCAGCUAAUGCCUGGUUUAAAUCUUGACGCUCAAUUAUGUGAUGGUAGCACAACAGGCACAAAGUUGGCUUCAGAAUUUAAUACCUCAUUGUUAUUUGGUGGAGAUCAUCAUGCUAAUAAUUUUAAUGAUGCUAGUGAACAAUCUGCUGAUGGAAAUAAAAGUAGGCUUAAGAGAUGCAGUAGUUCCUCCGAUUUUAUUGUUGAACCUGAUACAAAGAAAGCAUUUACAGGAGAUAUUCGAGAACCAAUUAUUUCUGAGUUCUACAGCUCUGAUCUUGGUAGGCAUAGUGAAGAAUCUAGUGGUAGGGUUACCUCAAAUGCAGUACUUCGCAGUGAGGAGUCUCACAUACCCAAGCUUAGGUGUCGGGUUAUUGGAGCAUACGUUGAGAAACUUGGAUCAAAAUCUUUUGCAGUUUAUUCAAUUGCUGUGACAGAUGCAGAAAACAGAACUUGGUUUGUUAAGAGAAGAUACAGAAAUUUUGAACUAUUGCAUCGACAUCUUAAAGAAAUUCCUAAUUAUACAUUACAUUUGCCUCCCAAAAGGAUAUUUUCAUCAAGCACCGAGGACUCUUUUGUUCACAAACGAUGCAUUCAGCUUGACAAGUAUCUGGAAGAUCUGUUGUCUAUAGCUAAUGUGGCUGAACAACAUGAAGUGUGGGACUUUUUAAGUGUUUCCUCAAAGAACUACUCUUUUGGAAAAUCUUCAUCGGUGAUGAGAACCCUUUCAGUAAAUGUGGAUGAUGCUACGGGUGAUGUUGUACGCCAGUUUAGAGGAGUAUCAGAUGGUGGAAUAAGCAAAGUUGUCGGUUCAUCUUCUCCCCUUAGUGAAGCCUCUCCUUCAGGCUCUGGCAGGUCCUUAUCAUGGACCGCAGAUGAGAUUGCUAAAGACAUUUCAAGGCAAAGUAUUUUGGAGACGGCGAACAGCAUUUCUGAUAAUGAAGAAAGUGAUACUAAAGACAGUAGCCAUGGUCAUGAGGAUGAUAGAUCUGGUUGCCAAGGUCAUGUUUGGCACCCAGACUGUGAGUUAAACUCAAUGGGUUUGCCUCCAAGAGGGAUAGAGCAUGGUGGAGGAUCUGGGAAUUUAAUCUCUGAGAAACAUGAUUUAGGUGUUAAACCUGAAUUGUCUGGCCAGGGUGGUUCUUCAACAAAAUUUUCAGGAACGUCAAGCCAUAUGGAGGAUCCAGUUGGAGUGCCCCCAGAGUGGACACCACCUAAGGUGAGUGUACCUUUGUUGAAUCUAGUUGAUAACGUGUUUCAACUUAAGAGAAGAGGCUGGCUAAGAAGACAGGCCUUUUGGAUAUCGAAGCAAAUAUUACACCUGGUGAUGGAGGAUGCCAUCGGUGACUGGCUUAUGAGGAAGAUUUAUUGGCUUCGCAGGGAGGACACUAUUACCCAAGGGAUUCGAUGGAUUCAAGAUAUUCUGUGGCCAGGUGGUACAUUCUUUACAAAAACAGCGAACAUGCAGAGAAAUUUUGAUAAUAUUCAGCCUAACCAGACACCUCUGCACAACAUCAGUCAAUUUGGUGGGAGUAAUGUCAAUAAACCUGGGUCCUUUGAGGAACAACUCGAGGCUUCUCGUAGAGCAAACUACAUCAAAAAAAUGCUUUUCGAUGGAGCUCCGACAGCAUUAGUUAGCUUAAUCGGGCAAAAGCAAUACAGACAGUGUGCGAGAGACAUUUAUUUUUUCACUCAGUCAACUAUAUGCAUUAAGCAACUUGCUUAUGCGAUAUUAGAACUUGUAAUCGUAUCAAUUUUCCCCGAGUUACGUGAUCUUGUGACGGAUCUUCAUGGCAAGAAACACAUUAAAGUUGCAUAGAAAGUUGCAGUUUCUGGUUUUGCCGAGAAAGUUUGAUGUUGUCUCACUUAUAUCCAUGAAAGCUUAGAAAAUGAAAGAACAAUAUAGUCAGCUAGCACAGUUGCCUUCGCCUGUGAUACUACUACACCAAAUUACUAGUAAGCAAUACUACAUGGAAUAUACAUACAUACAUACAUACAUACAUACAUACAUACAUACAUACAUGCACAUAUAUAUUGUUUUAGGAAAUAAGGGUUUUCUUUUUUUAAUCUCACAUUCUAAAUGUAUAGGGAUGUUGAUUUAGUUUGUACAGAAUGUUUUGUACUUGUGGCUUUACCCAGUGAGGAGACACGUCUGUUGGAAUUUUGGGUUGAUUUGUAUUUGGGGCAUUUGAGAAACACAGUCAAUAAUAUUCGU